GGCGUCUUUGGGCGUUGUUGAUCUGCUCAAACACUUCAGACUUUGGCCGUCAAGUUGACUUGAUGAGAAGCGGCGACACAGGUGAGCUUCAAUUCUUCCAGAACGUUUCGUGCUUUGCUUGUGACAUGCGGAUACGUUACCAGGAUAAGAAGCGAUGGCGGCGAUACACGACCCACUCUUGGCGCUGCUGCUACUCCUCGCCAUCUGCGGCCUCCACUGCUCCUCACCCCGACCCUCCUGUCCGGACUCCUGCCGCUGCCCGUGGCCCUCGGUGUUGAACUGCUCCGCCUCGGGCCUCUCCGUCAUGUCGCCGCGGCACAUCCAGGACUUCGUGGCCGAGCUGGACUUCUCUCACAACCUCCUGGAAGGGGUGGUCGCGCCGGCGCGGUCGCUUCGCCGGCUGCGGAGCGUGCGGCUGGGCAACAACAGCAUCGCCCGCCUGUCCCUCUGCAUCCAGAGGCAGCGCCGUGUCAAAGGUCACGGGUGUGUCGCCUGGGCCCCCGACCUGCAGCUGCUAUCUGCCGAGAGGAAUCGGCUACGGCGACUCCCCGAAGGAUUGCCCGCUCUUGAGGCCUUGGAGGUCCUGCAGUUGUCCUUCAACAACAUCUCGAGCAUUCAGCCCGGUGAGCUUCACAAUCUGCACCAGCUGAGGGAAUUGCACCUUCAACACAACCUCAUCAGCAGCCUGCAGCCGCACGCCAUCCAGCAUUUGAACCGGCUCAAGUUGUCAGAGGGACGCGGCCACUGA